AUGCUCGUCACGACGCACCAGAACGCCAUGGAGUGGCACCUCUUCACGGGCUCGCGCGCUGUCGUCGACACGCUGCUCAAUAAGACGAUGUUCGCCAUCCCGCCACACCAGACUGCACUUACCGGACCGGUAGUCGUGGCGCGCUGGCUCCGCCUCGCACACGCCCUACAGCUGCUGGCCAUGACAUUUACGGCAGCUCAGAAGGGCUGGGAUGGCGUCUGCCUAGUCGUGCUCUUGGCGCUCAACGCGAUUGGCCGAUGGCGGAUGCGCGAGGGCAGCCUGGCCAGUUGGUGGCUGGCUGUAGAGGGCGUUAGCGCCACGGAGCUGCUGGCAAGGCUUUCUACCGCGAAAUUCACACACUAUAACCCAGACGACGAGACAUCCUGCGCUGAGUUGGACCCUCGUUAUUUCACGUCUCAAGAGGCGCCCAGGGUGAUUCAAAAUCUUAACCUCGUCUCCCUCGUUGAUACAAACACGAUCCGGGUGGUCCUAUGGUUCCUCGUGACGGAAGGCCUCACUGCUGGAUCAUUGGAGCGGUACUUAUUCUUCUUGACGGAGCAACUUGAAGCCGCGCUCCACCUGUCCGUUGGCAAUGGUGUUGGCCCGACCCAACUCCUCUUGAUAAGAGCCUUCUUAUGGAAGUCGUGGCAACGUGCCACCAUACUCUUCCGGUGGUACAUUCUGGAUAGAAAGCUCAAUUCCAGUGAGAUUCCGCCGUACAUGUCCACGGACUUCAGUCAUUUCUUGCACCGGUACAACCAGGCUUUCGGCUCCCUCCCGGCGCGCUGCGUGCCGAUCCCGACAACCGCGGACUCCUUCCAGCAGUCAUUCUGUGGUGGAUCCUGCCAGAGACUAUACUGGGAUAAGGAGUGCUACGUGAGCGUGAGGGAAGGGGCACGGGCAGUAGCGCUGGACAUGGCCGAAGAUGGGCUGCUAAAAUACUGCAGCGCCUCUGAAACCACCAUGGCUAUCUCUCAUGUUUGGAGCCACGGCCAAGGCGGAAGACCGGAGAACGUGGAAAGCUCGACUGGAUUCAACUCGUGCUUGCACCAAAAGUAUUCGGCAAUAGCGCGGCGGUUCGGCUGCCAGUCGUACUGGAUGGACACGCCGUGCAUCCCAGAGGACCACGACUUACGAAAAGAAGCCAUCAAGAACAUCAACCAGGUGUUCGAGGCCAGUCAGUUCACACUUGUUUGCGACAGAGAUAUCAUGACCAUCGAUGUACGCAAACGGCACGACGACAUGAUAGGCACCUACGAGUCCCUCCUUGCAGCUCUGCUCGUGUGCGAUUGGAACGCGCGAGCCUGGACCCUUCUCGAAGGGUACCAGGGCCGCGAGAAUAUCCAUCUUCUCUGCAAAGAUGACGAAAUCAUCCGCCUCGCCGACAUUAUUGAUGUUGUGCAUAGAGCCGGAGAUAUCGUCCUAGGCAACAUGUGUUUAGCCAUGGACCACCUCAUCCCGUUACGAGGACCUCGGAUCAAAGACCCGCAAGACAAAAGGUUUUCCGUGGAGCAAUCCGGCCGCCUCCUCAGCCACCGCCACGCCAGCCGCACCGGCGAUGAGAUCGUCAUCUGGAGCCUGCUCCGCGGCGGCCUGUUCAACACCGCGGAAGACUUCUGGCGUAACCACAGUACAGUCAUCCAAACCGGAUUCCUCAUCUCCGACGCCCCGCGCAUAUCCGACGUGCCUGGUAUGGGCUGGGCGCCGGCCCGACCGGACCUGCCGCCUGCAACAGACGUGGUGAGAGACGUGUUGUUCCUCAAUGCGUGGAACCAGCAAUGCGAUGAGCAGGCUGCAUACCACCGCGGCAUGGCUAUGCUGAAUGUAGCUACGAAGCGCAAGGCCGAAGAAAUUGCUGCCAAUGUCGGGGUGAUGUAG